GGGGAGAGAUGGCUCAUUUCUCCUCAAGCAGCACCUGCAGGCCAUCCUCCUCCAGGACAAUCCUGACAGCUGCCAGGGCCAGGACCUCCGUGAGCACCUGGCAGAGGGGCACAGGCUGGCAGAGCACCUCGCCCGCACGCUCAGCCCAGAAAACCACAAAGAUCAGGAGGAGGAGAAGGAAGAAGAACCACCAGCCCCCAGGAUAGCUUUCUUUCUCUUCAAAAUGAAAGCCCCUUGCACUCUGUGGCCAGUCCUUCAUGCCUGUCAUCAGCACCGCCUUGGAUCUGGUGUCCAGUCCCUCUUGGUUGGUCCUAUUCUUUAUCCCACGAGGUUGAGCAGUGUGGAACAGGAGGAGAAGGUGAAUGGAGUCCUGCAGAGCCAGUUGGGUGAAGGCCACCUGACUUCUGCCAGUCACCGUGACCUGUGUGACACCGACCAGCCUCCCUGCACCGGUGCCAUCCUGUUUGAUGAGCAGGGAGUCUCCAGGGCACUGGAUGCAGCUACAACUCGAGGUGACAGCAACACACAGGAAGGACAAGAGCCCAUGGAGACCAGGCUCAGCGGGGAGGAGGAGGAGGCGAAUCCCACCCAGCAGACCUCACUGCAUGAGCAGCGUGUCACCCUCUCCAGUGGCCAGGACCUCUCUGAGUCCCGCUGCCCUUCCCGCUGUCCUGCUGCCCGAUGCAGGAGACGACUGCUCCUGCCCGGGUCCAGCUGGGUGUGUCGGAAUACCAGAGGAAAUACACCUGUCAUGGCCACAUGUGGAGUUGUCCUUGAUAUCAAGAGAGACGGGACACAUAGCUGGAGAAAUCCAGAAAAAACCCGUGCAAGUGUCCUGUGACCUUGAGACCGAAAUAUAACUUUUCCCAAGAACUAUGAAGAGGAGGAAGACGAAGAAGAUCUAGAAUCACUGGCCUCCAGUGUGCCCAGUGAGCUGCAGGAGGACGCAGGG